UCGCUCGACUCGGACAGCAAGACCAACCUCAUCGUCAACUACCUGCCGCAGACGAUGAGCCAGGAGGAGAUUCGUAGCCUCUUCGCCUCCAUCGGCGACGUCGAGUCCUGCAAAUUAAUUCGCGACAAAGUUACCGGCCAAUCGCUUGGUUAUGGAUUUGUCAACUACUUGCGAGCCGACGAUGCAGAUAAAGCAAUCAACACUCUCAAUGGGCUACGGUUGCAGAACAAGACGAUCAAGGUAA